AUGGCCAAAGGAAAGGGCGGCGCAGGAGGAGGCGAGAACUUGGGCAGCAAGAAGGCACAAGGCCAGGCGCGCAAGGCCGACGCCGCCAACGCGAAGAAGGCCGUAGCAAACGCAAAGGAGCAAGAAGCAGAGGCCGUCAAAUGGGACAAGGGCGCAAAGUCCAACGCCAAGGCUGAUGCUGCCGCCGAAAAGGCCGCCGAAGCCGCGCGCAAGAAGGCCGAGAAAGCCGCCCUCCUCGCUGAGGAAGAGGCAUCCCUGCCCUCGAAACCCAAGGGUGCCGGCGCAAAGAAGGCAGAGAAGAAGCCUUCGGGCCGCGGCAUCGACUCGGCGCUGGGCUCCUUCGACAGGCCCUCAGCGCUCAACGCAACCGGUAUUGACAACGCGCUCGAUGCGCUCGACCUCACAUCCGACAACAAGGACAAGCUGGACCGCCACCCGGAGCGCCGCUUCAAGGCUGCGUACGCCGCGUUCGAGGAGCGGAGAUUGGAAGAGAUGAAGGACGAGAAGGGUCUCAGGCGGCAGCAGAAGAUUGAUCAGAUCAGGAAGGAGUUUGAGAAGCACCCGGACAAUCCGUUCAACCAGGUCAACGCGACUUACAACGCGAGUCGAGAGGAUAUGGCGGCUAUCCGCGAGGGCGUCAAGGGCGAGAAGGAGAAGAGGUUGGGUGGCAAUUAG